AUGGUGGCAACGGAAGCCGGCGGCGCUUCGAAAGCAGCUGCCGAGGGGGUGGCGGCAAAGCCCGCAGCGCCGCCGGCCGGCACUACGCCGGCGAAGGCGGCCGGCCCGACCAAGCUCAAGGGCCUGCCCGACAGCGGCAGCGGGUGGGCCAUCAUGAAGAGCCUCUCGGGCUAUCUGUGGCCCAAGGACAACCCGGCCAUCAAGCGCCGCAUUCUCAACGUGCAAGUGCCGUUCCUCUUCAAGGAGGCCGUCGACCUGCUGAACGCCACCACCGAAAAUGUAGCGCUCGUCCCGAUCGCCAUUUUGCUUGCUUACGGAGCAGCGCGUGUGGGCGCGGCGGGUUUCACCGAGCUGAGGAACGUGGUGUUCUCCAAGGUGGCGCAGUCGUCCAUCCGCCAGGUGGCCUGCAACACCUUCCUCCACCUGCUCUCGCUCGACCUCCGCUUCCACCUCUCGCGCCAGACGGGCGGCUUGGCCCGCGCCAUCGACCGCGGCACCCGAGGCAUCAACUUCGUGCUCACCUCCAUGGUCUUCAACAUCCUGCCCACCAUACUCGAGAUCGGUUUGGUCUGCUCCAUUCUGACCUACCAGUACGGAGCCCAGUUUGCGGCGUUGACGGCCGGAACGAUCGGCGUCUACACAGCGUACACCUUCGGUGUGACCCAGUGGAGAACCAAGUUCCGCAAGGAGAUGAACGCCAUGGAAUCCGAGGCGUCGUCCAAGGCCAUCGACUCGCUCAUCAAUUACGAGACCGUCAAAUACUUCAACAACGAGAAGAUGGAAGCCGAGCGCUACGACAAGUACUUUGCAAACCUCGGGAUGCUGAACUUCGGCCAAAACUUCAUCUUCAGCGCUGCCAUCACCACCGCCAUGAUCCUCACCGCCCAGGGCAUUAGCGCCGGCUCAUAUACCAUCGGCGACUUGGUGAUGGUCAACGGUCUCCUGUUCCAGCUCUCGCUGCCACUCAAUUUCCUGGGAACGGUGUACCGGGAGCUCAGGCAGUCGUUCACCGACAUGGAGACCAUGUUUGGUCUUCUGUCGCUGAACACCGACGUCAAGAACGAGCCGGGCGCUACGGACCUGCGAGUGAGCAAGGGCGAGAUCAGCUUUGAGGGCGUCGGCUUCGGCUACACGCCCGAGCGCACCAUCCUGAACGGGGCCACCUUCAACGUCCCGCCCGGCUCCAAGGUCGCCUUCGUCGGCACCACCGGCUCCGGCAAGUCGACCAUCUUCCGUUUGCUGUUCCGAUUCUACGAUCCCGAGCAGGGGCGAGUGCUGAUCGACGGGCAGGACAUUCGUCACGUCACCCUCGAGAGCCUCCGCAAGGCCAUCGCCGUCAUCCCCCAGGACACGGUGCUGUUCAACGACACCAUCUUCUACAACAUCGCGUACGGCCGACCCACCGCCACGCGCGAAGAAGUGCUCGAAGCCGCGCGUCUCGCCCGCAUCGACGACGCCAUCCGCCAAAUGCCCAUGGGGUAUGAGACGGUGGUGGGCGAGCGCGGCCUGAAGCUGUCGGGCGGCGAGAAGCAGCGGAUCGCCAUCGCGCGCGCCCUGCUCAAGGACGCGCCCAUCCUCCUGUGCGACGAAGCCACCUCGUCCAUCGACACAGCCACCGAACGCGAAGUCCAGCAAUCGCUGGCCCAGCUGACGCGUGGCAAGACGACGCUGAUCAUCGCACACCGGCUGUCGACGGUGGUGGACGCGGACGUGGUGAUGGUGAUGAAGGGCGGCAAUGUCGUGGAGAGCGGCAGCCACCACCAGCUCAUCGCGCGCAACGGCCUCUACGCCGCCAUGUGGCGGCACCAGCUCGAGGCGGCCCACCACGGCAACCCGACCACCGCCACCGCCCCCAACCAACCCUCCACCCCCGCAUAA